GCCUAUGCCGAUUGCCGACAUCUUUGACAUUAACGAUCACGUCGGUCUUCAAGUCGACAGAAGUUGUGUUUAUGAUCUGUUGAUUUUUUGAGGUUGAAAACCUAGCACUAAAGUUCUCAAUAUGGCUUUAAAUUUAGUUGUUCGAGUCCAUCCUGUCGUUCUAUUUCAAAUAGUUGAUGCUUACGAGAGAAGAAAUGCUGACGCACAUCGAGUUAUUGGAACAUUAUUAGGUACUGCUGACAAAGGAGUGGUUGAAGUUACAAAUUGCUUCUGUGUCCCACACAAAGAACAUGAGGAGCUGGUAGAAGCAGAGUUAACCUAUGCCAGUGACAUAUAUGAAAUGAACAUGAAAGUAAAUAAACUGGAAAAUAUUGUAGGUUGGUGGGCUACUGGUAAUGAGGUAACUUGUCAUUCCUCAGUCAUUCAUGAGUACUACGCUCGGGAGUGUCCUAACCCAGUACAUAUGACACUCGAUACCACUCUCAGUGGUGGUCAUAUGGGGAUAAAAGCGUAUCUCAAUGUAUCAAUCGGUGUGCCAGGGGGAAAAUCUGGCAGCAUGUUUACUCCAGUGCCAGUUGAUGUCCUAUGUUACGAACCAGAAGUGGUUGGCAUCAAGCUGUGCCAGAAGACGUUGGGUGUCGGCACCAAGAAGAACGUUAAGCCCAUGACCGAUCUGGCUCUGAUUGGAGAAGCAGCUAGCAAGCUGACCGGCCUGUUGGAUCAUGUGCUUGCGUAUGUGGAUGAUGUACUGGCUGAUCGCAAACAGCCUGACAAUGCUGUUGGCAGAGCCCUUUUGGACAUGGUACAUAGUGUGCCAACCAUGACUCCAGAACAGUUUGAACACAUGUUCAACUCAAACAUUAAAGAUUUGUUGAUGGUCAUCACCCUUUGUCAACUGACAAAAACCCAACUACAGUUGAAUGAGAAGCUGACUCUUCUGACAUCAGUUUAAAAGUAUAUGUAUGGUGUAAAUAUUUUGGAAUUAAAUUUGUCAUUAUAUGUAUCA